UUAAUGGAGGCAGCAACGAGGAGGUUUUGGUAGAAAAACCUUCGUAAUCAGUGAUUUGCAAUUCCUUUCUCUUGUAUAAUGUCGCUGGUGCAUCUUUUCAUAAUUCAUUUUUUUUUUUUUUUUUAAGAAUCUUUUCAUAAUUCAAUUGACAAUGCCUAAAAUAUAGAAAUAUAGUUUAGGGUUAAGUGCCAGUCUAUGAAAAUCACCAGUGUCAUGAAACUCACCUAACCUAAAUAAAACAAAACCCCAAUACCCUCUUUCUCUCUCAGUCCACCGUUCCCCCCCCUUAGCUCCACCACCACCUUCACCACCACCUCCACAUCAAACGCCGCCGGUCCCCUCUCUCACUCUCUCUCUUACUACACCGGUUCACAACACUGACACCGGUCCCCCCAAAAGCAAUCAAACUCAGGUGUUUCUUAUGUGACGCCGUUUACUGCCUCCGAAAAAACCCAAGGGGUUUUCGAAUCGCAGAGCAUCAACCACCUCGCGCUCAGAGCUCAGAAUCCUCCACCUUUACCUCCGAUAAUGGCGACUCAGAUGAUCUAAAAGCGAAAGAGGAAAGUCCCCUUCCUCUUUCACCCACCAAUGCAAAUAUGAUGUGUUCUUGAGUUUUAGAGGGGAAGAUACCCGCAAUAGUUUUACGGGUAAUUUGAAUGGCAUUUUGCGUCAUCAUGGUAUUAACACCUUCAUGGAUGAUGAGCUCCCGAGGGGUGAAGAAAUUUCUGCAGAACUUUUCGAUGCCAUUGAAAGUUCAAGAAUUUCGAUAAUUGUAUUCUCUAAAAAUUAUGCAUUUUCCAUCUGGUGUUUGGAUGAACUUGUCAAAAUUCUUGAAUGUAAGAAGAAAGGCCAAAUUGUGCUACCAGUUUUUUACAAAGUGGAUCCAUCAGAAGUGCGUAAUCAAAAGGGAAAAUUUGAAGAAGCUUUGAGAAAACAUGAAGAAGGGUUCAAGGAUAACAUGAAGGUGCAGAAAUGGAGGAUAGCUCUACGUGAAGCGGCCAGUAUAUCUGGAUGGCACUACAAAAAUGACCACCCUCAAUUUACAUUUAUCAAAGAAAUUUUUGAAGAUAUCUCAGGUGCUAAAUUAAAUUAUCCACAAAUAUUUGAUGUUAAAUACCCCGUUGGAAUAGAUUCUCGUGUAGAUGACAUAAAUUGGUGUUUAGAUAUUGAUUCAAAUGAUGUUCGUAUGGUAGUGAUCCAUGGCCUUCCUGGAAUAGGUAAGACAACAAUUGCAAAAGCUAUUUUUGACUUAAUUGCAUAUCGUUUUGAAGGAAGUAGCUUUCUAGAGGAUGUUAAAGAAAACUCAAGAACAAAAGAUGGCAUACUCCAAUUAAAAGAGACAUUUUAUUCUGAGAUCUUAGGCGGUAGAACUUUGAAGGUGCCUGGUGUAUUUAGAAGAAUCAAUGUGAGAAUUGAAAUGCUUGAACACAAAAGAAUUCUUUUAAUUCUUGAUGAUGUUGACAAAUUAAUCCAAAUUAAAAAUUUGCUUGGAGAAUGUAAUCGGUUUGCUCUUGGAAGUAGAAUCAUUAUCACUGCAAGAGAGGAAAAGUUUCUAUCUACUUUUCAAGAGGAUUUUCGUUUUACCUACUAUGACUACAGGGUUAAGGAAUUAGAUGAACAUGAAUCUCGUACACUUUUUUGUCAACAUGCAUUCAAAAGAAGCAAGCCUAAGGAGGAUUAUUUGGAACUCGUAGACUCAUUUAUACAUUAUGCCAAAGGCCUUCCAUUAGCUUUAGAAAUAAUAGGUGCUGAUUUGCAUAAGAGAAAUACACGUUCGUGGAAAAGUGCAUUAGAUAAGUACAAAAGAAUUCUUAAUCCAGAUAUUCAAAAAGUACUCAAAAUAAGCUAUGAUGGAUUGGACCAAACUCAACGGGAUAUUUUCCUUGAUAUUGCAUGUUUUCUGAAGGGAUCAAACAAGGAUGUUGUUGAACAUAUACUACAAAGUUGCAAUUCUUACGACCCAUAUUACGAUAUUGAAAUACUUAAUGAUAAGUCUCUCAUAGUUUUUGCUAAAGAUGGCAAAUUAUUGAUGCAUGACUUGAUACAACAAAUGGGUUUGGAAAUUGUCAGACAAGAAUUAGAAUUGUCAAAGAAACAUGAAAGGUUAAUAUGUUAUGAUGAUGCUCCUGAAGUAUUAAUUCCAGAUACGGGAUCAGAAGAAGUUCGAGGCAUAUCAUUAUGCUUACCACAACCAAGAAGCAUGCAAUUGGAUUUCAGAAAGAUGAAAAAUCUCAAAUAUUUGAUAGUUCAUAACGUAAUUUGUGAAAAUCUUAACUAUCUUCCAAAUGAGUUAAGAUUAAUUGAUUGGAAUGAAUUUCCUUUAUCUUCCUUGCCGGCCAUUGUUAAUCUUCAAAAACUUGUUGCACUUAAUAUGCCAGGAAGCCACAUUAAAUUGGAUGAGCAUUUCGAGAGAUGUCGGUUCACAACUUUGAAAUAUAUUGACUUCAGUGACUGUAAAAACAUUACCAAAUUACCUAACUUAUCGGUGAUUGCCCCAAACAUAAAGAAGUUGGAACUUAAUAGAUGUGAAAAUUUAGUUGAGAUUCAUCAAGCUGUUGGACUUCUUGAAGAGCUUGAAUUUUGGAGUCUCCAAGCAUGUAAAAAUCUUGAAAUUAUUCCAAGAAACCUCAAGUUGAAAUCUCUAAAAUGGUUUUAUUUCUAUGACUAUGAAAGUCUUGAGAAGUUUCCCGAUGUUGGGCAAAGAACGAAAAGAUUAGCUCUGCCUUCAUCAGUUGGAAAUCUCACUAGCCUUCAUACGUUAGCCAUCGGUUUUAAAAACAUUAAAGAACUUCCAAGUAGCCUCUCUAAAUUACAAAAUCUUAGAAAGCUCUAUUUGUUUGAUUUUGAAAAUUUUCCAAAGAUCUUGGAUACUCCUGAUUGCUUCCCCAAAUUAGAAGUUUUGUAUUUUUGGGACAGCAACACUGCUACUCUCCCCGACAUCACUAGUAGAUUUCCUCAAUUAAUGGUCCUUCAUAUUCAAGGCUGCUGGAAUCUUCGGGAAAUUCCAAGACUUCCAUCAUGUAUACAUUCUGUAGUUGCAACAGGAUGCAAUUCGUUGAAUUCACAAUCAAGAAGAAGAUUAUUGAGUCAGCAGUUUGAAGAAAUGGUAGGGCUUCCACAGAAUAUUGUAUGUCCAAGCCGAUCAUUGCACCAGGAUUAUGCAUCUGAAACGGACUUUGCUCACAAAAAGGGGUUUUCAUUUAAACUUAAUGGUGGUGGACACAACCUUGUACUUUCAGGAACUGAGAUUCCAAAGUGGUUCAACCAUCAAAGUGUUGGAAGUUCCAUAUCAUUCUCGGUCGGUCAGAAAUCUCUAACAUUUGCUUGCUGUGCUGCUAUAAAAGUGGAACUAAAGGAUACUAAGCUAAGAAAUCUAUCUGUCCUGGGAGAAGGUGCUAUCUACAUUUUGAUUAAUGUUUAUAAAGGAUUGCUCACAAAUCCUGUAGCUUUUAUGAAUAUAUCAUUUUCAUCUUUUAUGUGGGUACACUAUAAAAGGGAUAUUUCUUUGGAAGGCAUAAUUCUAAAUGGGUGGACUGAAGUUAAGCUUCAAUUUGAAAUUUCAAAUUAUGAUCCAAAAAUUGCUGAAGUUACAAUAGAAAGGUGCGGGGUCCAUGUAGCAUGCAUAUGUUCUCCUCAAAACUCCGUUGCAGAUAAUGUGGCUUGCAUAAGAAUUCAUGAAAGAUUAAAUGUGUCUUUUGAUGAAGGAUUAAAAUUUUUUUUAUCCAGAGUGGUCGCGGAAAUCCUCCCCUUUAAGCAGAAGCUGGUCAAAUGCUCUGAAGCCCAAGAUGCCUAUUAUUGUCCUCUUUGUGAAAUAGCUGAAGAUUCAGUUUUACAUCUAUUUCAAUGCUGUCCCUAUGCCAAGGAAUUGUGGUAUGGUGGUAGAUGGAGCUUUCAAGUCGAAAUGAUACAAGCUCAAUCUGUUAUGGAAUUCAUUGAACAUAUAAUUGACCCCCCAAAGGAAUUAUUGGCAGAGAGAUUGAAAAAAGAGGAAUUCACACUGUAUGCAGUAGUGGCAAUGAAAAUCCUUUGGUGUGCAAGGGAGGAUGCUCUGUUUUCAAACACUAAAGCCAGCAUAACUUAGCUAGUCAAUCGUCUUAACAAACAAUAUGACUCUUACAUGAGAUCACUUGAAAUUACACGGGGAACUGAAGAGCAAAAUAGGGGAAGUGCUUGGAUCAAGCCAACUGACCAAUGGGUAAAGCUUAAUUUUGAUGUGUCAUGUGAUCAAAAGAAUUUAGGCUUGGCUUUGGUUCUCAAAGAUCAAGAGGGAAAUGGCAAAGUAAUCAGACGUGGCAUAAACAUCAAUGGCAAGAUGGGCAAUGCCAUUGGACAAACAGGACAGACUUGAGCAAGUUGUGAUAGAUAUAAUUUAUUAAGCUUGUUGUCGAGGAUUUCUCUUUGGGUUGAUCUGUUUGAAUUUUGUCAUCAUAUUCCACACCAGUAGAAGGUGACGCAGCAAGCAUCAUCAACUUCAUUGCAAUCCCUACCGGCUGGGAAUGGAAGAACAUAAUGUAGGAUAUUUUGGCUUGGCUUCUUCCCUCUAUAUGGAUGGGGUUUGAUAAUGACUCUAGUGACUCUAGUCUUCUUUUUCCUGUAAACUUUCCGACAACAGCAAAGAUGGCCUUGACCUUCUAUGCUGCAUGUAGGAUGUUGACUUCAAUCCAUAUCCAUUUUCGAAGAAAUGAGAACCUCUUUAUUGAACUUCUAA